AAAAUAACAACUAUUUUGACCACACCCCCUUCUCCCUUCUCCCCUCUUUCCUCCUAUCUACUUCAAACUUUCCUCUUUCUUAUUAAUUAUUUAUUUAUUUCCAUUAUUAUUUCAGUUUCUUGAUUAUUUCUUCUCUGUUUCUCACACAUGGGAUGAAUUAUACUUCAUUUCUCACAAGACCCUUGUCACAAGAUUCAAUCUUUUUGUCAAAGAUUCAAACUUUUUGAUCAAUCUUGAUCAUUCAACAAAUGGGUCUCUGUUUUUCAAACACAAAGAUCAAUGGUUCCAACAGCAACCGCCGCCAACAAGCAACAGCAACAACAACCGCUAACAAGAACCAUCAUGGAGGCCACAAGAAUCAUCAUCAACAACAACAUAGGAUUAAUAAUAACAACAACAAGAUGAAAAAUAAGGUUACUUCAAGGAGACAGAAUGGAGUGGUUUCUUGUGGGAAAAGAACAGAUUUUGGGUACCUUAAAGAUUUUGAUCAGAGGUAUUCUAUUGGGAAAUUGUUGGGUCAUGGUCAGUUUGGGUAUACAUAUGUUGCUAUUGAUAAAGUUAGUGGAGAUCGUAUUGCUGUCAAGAAAAUUGAUAAAAAUAAGAUGAUCCUUCCGGUUGCUGUUGAGGAUGUCAAGCGAGAAGUCAAAAUAUUACGAGCGUUAAGUGGUCACGAGAAUGUAGUUCAGUUUUACAACGCGUUUGAAGAUGAUUCCUACGUAUAUAUAGCUAUGGAGUUAUGUGAAGGCGGUGAAUUACUGGAUCGGAUUUUGUCGAAGAAAGACAGUCGUUACACCGAGAAGGAUGCCGCAAUAGUAGUACGACAAAUGCUUAAAGUUGCAGCGCAGUGCCACUUACACGGUCUGGUACACCGCGACAUGAAACCAGAGAAUUUUCUUUUCAAGUCAACAAAAGAAGACUCACCUUUGAAGGCUGUAGAUUUUGGAUUGUCAGACUUCAUAAGACCAGGAAAGAAAUUUACCGAUAUCGUUGGCAGUGCAUAUUAUGUAGCGCCUGAAGUAUUAAAGCGUAAAUCUGGACCCGCUUCUGAUGUAUGGAGUAUAGGCGUAAUCACAUACAUUCUGCUCUGCGGGCGUAGACCCUUUUGGGAUAAAACCGAGGAUGGCAUUUUUAAAGAGGUAUUAAGAAAUAAGCCUGAUUUUCGACGAAAGCCAUGGCCGAGCAUAAGCACGAGUGCGAAAGAUUUUGUGAGAAAAUUGCUUGUUAAAGAUCCCCGCGCAAGGCUCACUGCUGCUCAAGCACUAUCACACCCAUGGGUUCGGGAAGGUGGAAGUGCUUCAGAAAUUCCGCUCGACAUUUCUGUUUUAUCAAACAUGCGCCAGUUUGUGAAAUACGGUCGCUUGAAACAGUUUGCUCUACGGGCAUUGGCUAGCACUCUUGAUGAAGAGGAACUAGCUGAUCUCAAAGAUCAGUUCCAUGCGAUCGAUAUCGAUAAAAGUGGUGCGAUUAGUCUUGAGGAAAUGAGACAGGCUCUAGCUAAAGACCUCCCAUGGAAGAUCAAAGAAUCGCGUGUUUCAGAGAUUCUAGAAGCGAUCGACAGCAACACAGAUGGGCUUGUUGAUUUCACAGAGUUUGUGGCAGCGACUCUCCAUGUUCAUCAAUUGGAGGAACAUAACUCCGAAAAAUGGCAACAAAUAUCACAGGCCGCAUUUGAAAAAUUCGAUGUGGAUAGAGAUGGGUACAUAACUCCCGAAGAAAUCAAAAUGCAUACGGGUUUGCGAGGGUCGGUAGAUCCGAUUCUAGAGGAGGCUGAUAUAGACAAAGAUGGGAAGAUUAGUUUGCCGGAGUUUCGUAGACUCUUGAGAACGGCAAGCAACAUCUCUAGUCCAACUGCACAUAAAGCUUCACGUAAAACGUUUAAAAACACAGAAACAUAAACAGAAGAAGAACAAGACUUGAGGUUUUCACAUGUUUUGUAAUUUAUACUAUGUAUGCAAGAACAUAGUUUAUAUUGAUCUUAAGUCAUUUCUGUAGUGUAUAUUUUGCAGUGUAAGUGAAAAUGUUGUUUUUUAAGCACCGAAUCUGGUGUAAAUCA